GCUGCCCCGGGAGACGCUGGCUGUCAGAGAGGAGCUGGAUGCCCUCAAGUUCCUGUGCAAAGACCUGUGGGCAGCCACCUUCCAAAAGCACAUGGAUGCACACAGCACCAACCACCAGGGGACCUAUGUGCUGCAGGACAACAAUUUUCCACUCCUCAUCACCAUGGGCUCGGGGUCUCAGUAUCUAGAGGAAGCUCCCAAGUUCCUGGCCUUCACCUGCGGCCUUCUGUGCGGCGCCCUCCACACGCUGGGCUUCCAGAGCCUGGUCACCGCCUCUGUGACUUCCCUGCCUGCCUGUAAGUUCCAGGUGGUGAUCCAGAAGUCCUGAGGAUCCCAGGCUUGCCCUGCCCCACCUCAGCCCCAGGAGACUGGCACCUUGGCCCUGCCUGAGUGGUCACCUCUGCGGGGGGCCUUGAAGCAGGAACCAGAGGGUCCCGGGCAGCAGGACAGGCCCAUGACUUCAGAAUGGGCAUGGAGGGACAUUGGGGGGCAUCACCCAGAUAACAAAUGCUCAAUAAAGGUUCUUUAUGUGGAAAGCGA